AUGGCUGAAUUCUGGAAAUCAGCACCGCGCUACUGGUGCAAGCAGUGCAAGAUCUUCAUCCGUGACACGCCCUUCGAGAAGAGCCAACACGAAGCCAGCCCAAAACAUCAAGGCAGUCUCAAGCGCUUCCUCAGACAAAUACACAAUGACAAUGAACAAAAACGCAAAGACUCCCAACGCGCGAAGUCUGAAGUCGAGCGAUUGCGACAGGCUGUCGGUGGCGGCUCCUCCACUGACAAAGACAAAGAUGGCGCAAAACCAAGCGCACCACCAGCCGCCAAAUCCACAGAACGGCCUGCUUCCUUAGAGGAGCGAAAGAAACAGAUGGCGCAGCUCGUGGCAAUGGGGGUCGCCAUCCCCCAGGAAUUCCGCGCCGAUAUGGCCGUAGCAGGGGACUGGCAGACCACGUCCGAGACACCAAUCGAAGUCAAACAGGGAUUAGAGGGCCCUACAAAAUCAGUUGGAGUCCGCAAGCGCAAGCUUGAAGGUGAAGAAGAGGACGAGCAUGCGCCUGAACCGGUUGUCAACAAAGGUUGGGGUUCGAGGAUGAGAUUAUACCCCGGUGCACAGGAGGACGAGGGCCUUGAUGACCUGUUUGCAUCCACCAAAGAUAUCAAGAGGACAAAAACAUUCACCCCUAAGGUCGAACUUGAUACACAGGAGACAACGACUGAGCAACCGACCCCUCCGGCGAAGGCAGAAGAUAAUCCUACGGUUCCUACCAAGCCAGAGCCCCAAGAGACGAAUGAGACAAUUGAUGUCAAGACUGAAGAGCCCGCUCAAUUCUCAGCAGGGGCUGUUAUUGAAGCGAAACCGCAAAGUGAGGAUGCUGCGCCUGGCGUCAUCUUCAAGAAGCGCAAGCCGAAGGUGAUGAGGAAAUAG